CAACGGCAGCCAUAUUAUUUGUUGUGGUUUCCCUUCAUACCAUGAUUUUACACACGGAUGUUGGAUAUAUUCUCCGAAUUGGCUCCGAUUAGGAAGCGUACGUCAUAGCGAGAAGCUUGAUAAUGAAUAAAAAUGGUACGAAAUUAUACAAACAGGGACAGUUGAAUGGAUACACGUACUGCAUUCGGCAAAUCUUCGAGGAAAACGCUCUUGGUUUCUCCCACGGUAGCGGUAACGCCACGAAGCUCAACAACAAGUGUCACGGCUUCGCCGCAGAAGAGCAGAAUGGAAAACUAGGGGCCCCUGUGCCAGCCCGCCUGUACACUAGCCCGGCAACUCUCGUGGACGGGUCGCUCGUUGGAGGCCGCAAGGAGCAACGGCGACAGCGUCGGGCCGCCCUGUCGCUACCUUCUGAAGGAAAGCUGCGCUUUGCCGACAGGCUGCGGGCCUUGCUCAAGCGUGAGAAUCACCAGUCACCCCAGCCCGGAGGCGCACCCCAUGACCCCUAUGACUUUUCAGAAGCCCCUUCCUCCGGUUGUGUGGCAGCGGCGGCUGCCCCAUCGGUGCGGCAAAUUCCUGUCUCUGCCCCACUCGCCACUGGCGUAUCCUUGCCUGUCGUGUCAGAAGCGCAGCGGGCGGUCGAAAAUGGCAGCCUCGGGCGGCAAAGCUGUGAGCUGCCCCUCAACCACAGGAGCAUCCAGCCCCAGGCAAAAAUCUUGCCCAAGGAAGUUCCACCCGUCCACCAAACGCAGCAACUCCAGCGGGUGCCCAUUGUCUCCCAGCCGUUGUCGUCUGUGUCCUUUGCCAAGGGAACCACUGUGUUUGGCUUGGCAGAAGUUAAGCCAAAGAUUGUUGCCACAAGUAGCGGUGGCACGUCAGUCGUGUGCAGCAGUGGCACUGGGACCAGUGCCGCUUCUGGAGGCCCAGCCAAGCUGUCAAAGACUAUGAACCGGCUGCAGGCCAAAAUUGCACAGAAUCGAGUGCUGGACAAGCUCAAGCGCGCGCAGCAGGACACUGGUGGGCACGUGUUGAGCCCUUCUAGUCACAAUCAUAAUCACCGGGUAAUGGUGUCAUCUUCAGCAUCAUCAGUUUCAUCGUCACUGCUUGCUGGAGCAGUGUUUGGGCAUGACAGGCACGAAGUUGCCAAAGCAGGUGUGUUAGCAAGGCCGCGGGAGAGGCCUGGACGGGACAGGCGUGUCAAGGUGGUGCCUGUGGCCACGGCGCCUACGGCAGCAACCACUGAUUUGGCAACCACUCCUGCUGCUGCUUUGAGCAAUCUGCGGCGUUUCUGGAAUGCGGAGAAAAAUUCUGGGACGGAGGAGGUGGAGGCGGCAGCCGCUGCUAGUGGAAGUGGUGGUGGUGGCAGUGGUGGGGCUGUCGGAGGCUGUGGCAUUCACCAACUCCCCGGUGCGGGUAUCCAAGGAGGUGCAGAUCUGGACAGCUCAGAUAGCGAUUCCAGUGAAGAUGAAGAUGUUGCUGGAGAUCGAGCGCCUUCUUUAUGGAACUGGGACCUUGAUUGCAGUGACGCUUCAACGGUGCGGAGUGUGCGUUCCCUUCGCAUCAGCCGGCUGCGCGCAGAGCUGCGCAAGCGCUACGAGCUCCUGUGCAAGCGUUACGCAGCAGCACGGCCUGCGCUGGAAAGGCAGGAUGCCCUGGUCCGUCACAUGGCACGUGCAGCGGAGCUCUGUCCGGACGCCGCUGCCCGGUUUCUCAUGAAUGAUAGUUCCACUAACAACACGUCGAGGCCUAAGCCUGUGCCUCUGGAAAAGCAUACCUGCUGCUAUAAGCAUGAAAAUGUGGUCUGCGCCACGCCUGCUCUUCCUUAUACGAGGCACUGUACAAAGCACAUAAUGUACAAUGUGGACCAGCUCCUGUUUGAGCACUGUACUGCGAAAUUCGCAGACAACACACAGUGCUGUGUGCCAGUGUUUGACAUGUGCCACGAGCUGCCUCUCUGCCCGGAACAUGCCAAAAAAAGAGACAACUACGACAAAAUGGCGGCUGAGCCCAAACCGAAAAAGCCCCGCAAGAAAUCUAAACCUCCUGCGCUGACACGACCUCCCAAACGGGGCAAGAAAAAGAAAAGUGUAGCUCCAGGCAUGACAUCACCACCUCCGAUGGCACACUCUCCAUCAUCAUCAUUUUCAUCGUGUGUGCCACUCGAGGUGCUCAUCCAGUCACCCGCCUCCUCCUCGUCUUCCUCCUCUCCAUGCUCCUCACGCUCACCCCCAUUCCUUGGUGGCAGUGACUCGUCACCAGCUCUGUUAGCCAGUUUAAUGACCCCACAGGGACUGUCUGCCCAAGCGUCUGCAAUGACGGCACCACACAUAGGUGCAAGUUCCCAGCAACCCCUGCUGCAGAUGGUAACAACUGGGUGCCCUGCUGUGCGCAUCAAGACAGAGCCGAUGUCUCCCGUCAUGCUGCACCACUCGCUGCCCUCUUCUUCCACGACACACACGAUGCCAGUCUUGACAAGCCACCCCAUGCCAAGGUCAACAGCGACAACAUCCCACGUUUCAAUGGCAGCGGCGGCGGCAGCAGCGCCUCACGUUAUGGCAACGACAAGCCGAGCAAUCACUGUUCACCACCCACCGCUGCCCGUUGCCACCACUACCACAGCAAGCCAGUUGGUGAGCACUUCGACAGCAGGCAUGCUGCCUGUGGUGACACACCCGUCAGCUACUGCGCACCUGGCAGCUGGUGCACCGGCAGUUGUGCGCCCAGCUGUAGCGAAUCCCACACACAUGGUGGCACAAGCCAUGGUGACAGUACCGCAUUCCUCAACCAUAGCUUUGGAGCAGCCUGCUGCCACAGUUGUGGGAGCUUUGGGUGCCUCCUCAAUGGUUGAGAGUUAUGGCUAUGUGCCUGUGCUGGCAGCUGCCAGUGGAAUCAACUCUGAAACGGUGGCAAAGGAACUUGUGGAGAGAAUAGAGCCUGAUCUGGCUACGGAUCUUGAGAAUCAGUUCUCACCAGACACGAUAGAAAAAUCUUUGGAGCUGCCACUUGAUGCAGCGGAACUGGCCAGCCAAGCGACAAAGCUGCUUGAGGAGCAUGAUUUCACGGAAGUGUUAAAUAAAAUCUCCGACGAUGCUUUCAGCGACUUCUUUGCAGAAGCGAAAAAUGGUGAGUAUGUGCCGAGCAAGGAGGAAACGGAGGAGUUGGAGAGAGCCCUGGCAGCUGUCUCCAAGGACGUAUCCAUGGCACGCGAAUCCCUGGCCAAGCUUUCAGCCGCGGGUGCGGGACAGGGUGACGUUCCCGAUUUGCCCGACCUGGUGGAUGCCUUCCCAGACUUGCCACUGAGCACGAGUGACAUCAACUCGCUCACUCAGGCACUAAUGGGUGGCGAGGCCCUGAGAACCGUAGCCCUGCUGUCCUCAGCCGACCAGGGUUUUACACUGCUUGAACAGCCUACAUUUGGACCCCAGCAACAGGCCGCUGCUGUGAAUGCAGAUGCUGCGGCCAUUUCGGCGUCAACUGGCAGUUGGCUUCUGGGUACAUCGUCGGACUUUGCCACCUCCUCGCCUGCCACGACCCCUGAAGUGCCCGCCCAGGGGUCCAACGCUGCGGCCGUGCUGCCCAAACGUUCGGUGCUAGCUCAGGAGUCUGUGUCCUAGCGAUGAACCGGGACACUCCGCCGCUUGCCCGGGCCCGAGCGUUUGCUGGAAGUGUUCUUUUCUCCGUGGUGGUCCAACAAGUGCAGCCUGGGUUGGGACAUGCUCCACCUUCUCUGUCUGUCGCCAGGAUGGCGCCAGUGGAAGCCGCAGUACAAAAGCCCAUGCCAGUUGGGUUUUCUCUUCUUCCUUCGCAUCCCGUGGCAGUUGAGAGCCGCUGUUGCAUGGCACACUGGAAGCCACCUACGAGGGUGGUUCUCCGAGACGCGAUCAGGGCAGAGGCCGCCGCUGCCAGCAAGCUUUUGAGCAGAAGCAUUCUCCUCGGGCGGUGUCGCACACGUACCUGUUCCAAAGGGUUAGGGGUAGGGGGGUGCUUGUCGUGUUCUCGUGGCGGCUCUCCCUAGCGGGGCAAUGUCGCUGUCGUCUGGGAGUCCCGUCCAGGGGCUGGCAGCUGUGGCUACUGUCAGCCUCUCCCUCCUUGUGCUGUCGUGCUCAAUUUCUCGUGCAUGUGUGGUCUCUACUUUCAGUUUUUACUUUUUCCGUGAUGUGACACUAAGACUCCUUGAGAAGAAAUUGCUAGGGAGCGAACAGGAGCCGUUAGUCGUAAAUGAGCAUGCUUUUGUGUUUUGUUUUUCUCGUUCAUAUCUUCUUGGCCAUGUACAGGUUUUUGUUUGCAACUGUCUUUUUUGCGUCAUUCUCAUUGUCCUCUGCAAGUGUUAGGUAGCGUGGUUGUAUUAUAACUAUUGUGUAUUAUAGGUACCCGCUGCUCAUGCUUUUUUGUUGUCAUUGUUUUCAUUUGCUGUGGUGAUAACAUUUUUUUCUAUCAGUCCUCAUGGUGUUGAUUUGGCAUGCAUCAUCCUGUGUACAGGUAUUUAAUGAUCGAAGAGGCAGAAGUGCAAGCUUUUUUGUUGCCUUUUGCAGUGAUUUCUGUUGCAUCAGUAAAUUGAUCAUUGUGGAAACUUUUUUUAAACUUGUUUCACUUUGUGAUGUGGACCAUAUGACUUGUGGACAUUAAGGUUGCCAGUAUGUUAUAUAUAUAUUGUAUAAAUCUGUAUACAUGUGUAUAUGAGUAAUGUUUAUUCUUAGGGAUGAGAUAACUUUGCUGUUUCAGAAAUGGCGUUAUCGAUGUUGUCCACUACACUACAAAAACAAGAUUUUUUUUUUUUCGCAUACUGGCAGGAGUUUUGUAGUGUUAGUAUAAAGCAUUUUUCUUGUGGCAGGAAAGAGAUACUGUUCUGUACCCUCCUUGGUUCCUGGAUACGAACAAACACACAAACACUGUUCUUGUACAGCUUUUGUUUAGUGUGCCUCUGGCAUGUGUUGUUGAUCAUGACAUUGCUAGGAAUGAAACAUGGCGUCUCAUCAGUUUAGGUCAUCUUAGAGUGGGAAGGCCUUGCACUGCCUGUCGCACUCUAUUAUCAUAUUCGUUACACCAUUGUGGUACCUCCGUUAUUUAUAUAUAUUUCAUAAAAUAUAAAAAAAAUUAUAACAUUGAAAAGUGUGGCACCAUUGAAGCCUGUAUGAGACUUGAGAAUGGAACAGCUCGCAAUAUGCAUUUAGGUAGGGUAUGUCCACACUGCCUAGCCUGGCACUGCUAUUGGUUCAUUUGCGCUGGUGCUUAAUGGAUUUAAAACGACGGUGCAUGCAAGAGUUGGGAGCCCUACUCGAAGAUGGAAGAGGUGGUGAUUGCAUGUGGGCAACUAGGAAGUACAAGCCCCGCUGCUUUCAUGUAGGGGCCUGUGCCACUGGGUGUCGUGGUUUCGCGCAAGUCCUGACGGGGAGGCACACUCUCUCCGUUACAGGGGUAGCUUUAAGUAGCUGGUUUCGGGGGUUAGUUGACCACUGUACCGUUUUCGAAAUGGUUUAGACAAACUCUCGUAACCCUGAGUGUGACUGUUACUUCAUAUCAAUGUGCAAGCAGCUUUCAUUAGCAAUCUGGGAAAGGAAUCAUGGAACAGCUCGUAAUAGUACGCUAACUUGCUUUAAUUCACUGCUCUGAAGCACUUCCCUAAACGCAUUGUGUUCUUGAACGGGUAUACAUUUUUUCUUUCUGGCAGUACAGUGCAAUGCGUUGAUGCGAGCAGGUCGAGUGUUUCCACCUGUGAUGCGUUUUUUUCCUUUUCCGAUUACUAGUAAGCACGUUUUAACUGAGUUGGCUUCUAGCAGUUAUUCUGAGCACCUUGCCAGCAAUUUUAAGCAUUUUUUUUAAACAACCUGUCACUUCAUUGGGGUAAGGUGAAUCCAAAUGGGCUGGUAGCAGCUUCGGAGUCUAAAAUUGGAUUUGUAUCAAUAAGCCAUCCCAGCGGAAUAAAUACUCCUGCAACUUAUGUUGUA